ACCCCGGGCGAGGUGGACACUGGACAACGCAUUAAAAUCUUCCGUGACAGGAGGAAAGGGAACAGGCGAGGAAGAGUCGACGGUCCGCGGGGUGAUUGAGAGGCGGGUGUUAAUAGAUUUGCCAAGAGGAAAGCACUGCCUUUCGAGGUGAGCCUUUCUCGUCAGUCUUUACCCCCCCCCAUCUCCCCCGCCUCCCAUUCGCCUCCGGACUCUUCGUGCCACGUGUGACGCCUGACAACUUGGCAAGGGACGGGGGGGAAGAUCGCGGGGCGGAGCACGCGGCAGCGGCGGCGGCGAAGAGAGGCGCGCUCGCGCUAUAGCAGCAGCUCUCAUCCCAGGGUCGGCUCCCGGGCUGCUACCAGCGCUCAAAUCCUCGUGCGCUUAGCGGCAGCAUUCAUCAGGAGCCCGGGCAGGCGGGCGGGCGCGCAGAUGGACGCGUGUGGAUUUACGGAGAGGCGCCCGAUAAUGCGUCUCCUCCUCCUCCGCCCCCGGACGGAGCCCGUGGAAAAAGUAUGAUUUUACGAAGAACAGCAGCUGCUGCGACAAGAUUGAUGUAAGAACUUUGCGCAGAUUCAGCCGUUAAAGCACAACGCGACUCGACGACACGUUUAACAAAAUAGGAGAGAAAAACCUUUUACCAACAAUGGAGAGCCUGGCUGAGCUGCAGAACCCACUUCUUCCGGUCAACGGGUUCGACUUCUACAAGAAAAACGGCUUCGCGUACAACGAGCGGCCCCGACAUACGAACGGACUCAUCUCAAUCUACCUGAACUCUUGCGGCACCGACGACAACUCCACCUGCGUGUACCAGCAGCUGCUGGACCCCGGUGCACUCCUGACGCAGCAGCAGCAGCAGCUGCAGCAGCACGGCAGCAGCGGCGGUGAGAAGCGGCGACGACACCUCAGCUCGGACUCAUCGCACGUGGCCCGCCUGUCGCCCAGCGGUGCCGCCCCCGCCGCCGUCGUCGACGCGAACGAGGACGGCGGCUGCUCGCAGCACGGGGAGCCCCCGACGGAGAGCCUGCACUGCGAGACCACCUUCACCGAGGCGGCGGCGGCGGUGGCGGUGGCCGGCGGCAGGGACAGCCUGAGCGGGAGCGCGAGUGACAGCGACAGCAGCUGCGGCGGCGGUGGCGGCAGCGGCAGCAGGAUGGACUCCCCCACGAGGGGAGCCAUCGGUGCGGCCGGAGAGCCGCGGCACAUCCAUACCGUGUCCUACGAGGUGGACGAGGAGGGCGACUACCAAGAUCUGCAGAGCGAUUACUCAAGCGAUACGGAGAGCGAGGACACCUUUUUGUCGUUACCACCUCGAGACCACCUGGGCCUCAGCGUGUUCUCCAUGCUCUGCUGCUUCUGGCCUCUUGGAAUUGCUGCCUUCUGCCUCUCGCAGCAGUCGAGCAAGGCGGUGACGAAGGGCGACUACCUGCGAGCCAACUCCGCCUCGCGACGUGCCCUCUUCCUCGCCAUCCUCUCCAUCACGGUGGGAACGGGGCUCUACAUCGGCACCGUCAUCGCCCUCAUCGCCUACCUCUCCAAUAACGGCCACGGAUAACCGCCCGCCACCUGGGCCGCCACGGCAGAGAGGCGGUGGCGGCAAGGAGGAGCGGCGUGGGGGGGCGGUGGAAGAGGUGGCUCACCUGUGGACUUGUUGUGGGGAAAUUCGGAGGCAUCGUCAUCAUCAUGUGCUCCUCUGUCUUCAAACCCCCCCUCCUCCUCCCCCGCCACCACGUGCUAUUACCACCACGAUUCCCCGACUGACUCGCUAAAAGAUGCUCAAAAAAACUAAGAGCGUGCGAGAUUGCCAGUGCUGCGGCUGCUGCUCCCCCCUCCCUCCACUGACACCCCCCCACAGAACCCACCACAUCCAUAACCUUGCAGAGUCAUCAGCUGCUGUCGCAUCGCAGAUGCGGUGCAAAGCCACGUCGGCCACAUCAGCCAACACUCUCCUUGAGCACCCGACUCUUGAUUGGUUCACGGUAACUCGACUCCGUUAACACCAUUCGUGUUGCGAGUCGUACUUUGGUAAAACAAGAAAAAUAUUUUUUUUUGUCACUGCACAAAGACGCAUUUUGUUUAAGAGUAUAUUAUAGUUAGGUAACAAUGUUUUGUUAAGAAGGUCUGAUAUCGUAAAUUAGGCUCGUUUUUUUUCUUUACCAAAAUAUCUGGUAACUAAUGUUGUGCUAUACAUUCAGCUGGCAGUAACUGCAUUUGUGAAUAAAAAAGUACAUAUUAUGCUCAUGGCAAUCAUGCUUAUGUCGUUGUCUUGCCUAAUCAUGGUACCGAAAUCAGCAUCAACAUUUGUUUGGUUUGCUCGUCUUGAGCACUCACACCACUGUGUACAUGAGCAAAAUGUGCCCUGUCACCGGCUGGAAAUUGGUUUUGCUUAAUUAUUUCAGUAAUUUUACUUUUUCCUAAAAUGUUUACAUUUAAAUAACGUGAAGUGAAAUAUUUUACGUGAGCGUAGCCAAUCUAAGUACACAAUGUUGUAUUUUAAUAAAUAAAAUGUUAAUCAACCACCUUUGCUGGAGGAGGCCAUUUUUAAGAUUAUGGUAUGGAAAUGGAGGUUCUGGUGUGAAAUGUAAACAUUAAUUUAUGGCUUAAUUAAUUCAUGCAGAAUGGUACUUCACAGAUAAUUAAUGUUCAAUUCUCAUAUACUUUCAUAAUUGUAUAUGUAACCAAGAUAUGUCAUCAUGAGGUUAUCAUGAACCUUUGUUUAGUGUUCAGUUGGGUUGACAUAGGCUUUGGACAUUCUCCCAUGUGUUGUCAAGUUGUGCCACCUGUUCGGAUUUAAACGGCAUCUCUGAGCUAUGCAGCACAGCCGUGAAAACCCUACUUUAACUAUCCUUCAGCCUCACUUAUCUAUGGAAAAUAUACAGACAUCCUAAAAGUCAAUGUGUUGGUGCCAUCCACUGUGCAUGUUGAUGGCUUCACAGUGGCGAGAUCUUAAUUGCCUCACCUGGUAUACAGGAGGUCGUGGAUUUGAUUCCAACCCCGACGCCUGUAUAUUUGGAGUUUGCAUAUUCACCCCCGUGGUCGCGUUGAUUUUUCACCGGGUCCUCCGGUUUUUCUCUCCACAUUUAGAAACAUGCACCUAAAGUAUUUGGCUGGUUUACAUUUCUACAUGAUAAGCCACUUCGUUGAGCUAUCAUUUGUGGCCAGGUCGCUUCUGCAAAAGAGCUAUAUAGCUCAGUGGCUUUACAUGGUAACAUAAAAAAAGCAUUGUUUAGUUUUUACGUAGCUAAUUGACCUAACAGAGUCCAACUGCACUUCCGCAAACGUUUUUAGCUGUUUAUAGGAUUUUCUCAGCCUAUGGCCAAACCAUAUGGAAUGCACCCGAAACUGUGAAAUCUAAUACGCCAAGCAGAAUUUAGCCUGCAUGGUGCCUGGAUGGGUGAUCACCAAGCGCAAAAGACAGGCGUAGCAGGCAUUGUGGGCAGCAGAAGAGCAAUGCAGCAAACGCCAUUGCUUUCUGCCCGCCCCCCCCCCUUUUUCCCCACCUUCACCAACCCACACUAACCAGCCUGGUGAAGUAUAGUCAAAAUAUCCCCCACGGCCUGCAGGCGCAAGGCGUGGGCUGUAAAUGUAGGUGCACAGUGGAAUUGUUGGCACGAACGCAUGAUCACAUUGGUUGGAGAAUAACGUCAUGGACCGUGUACGUUUAUGCGACAUUCCUUCAACGCUCAAUUGAUUCUUAAUCUCGCAGUAAAAUCGUGUGCGUGAGGAUCAAUUACUCGUAACUUAUGUAAUUUAUACGCUGUUACGUAUGGAAUAAUCGUGUGAACAAAACUGUAUGAAUUGGAAGAGGGGGGUGAAUCAUGAUAUCGUCUGGAGAGCCAAUAUGGCCAAUGCCUAAACACAUUUGAUUUAUUUGUGUGUGAACAGAGUUUUGUUUACUUUAUAUGUUAUCACAUUUACUCGUAUCUGCAGUAAAUCCCAACAACUGGAGGCCAAAGUUAUAAUUUGGUUUUCAGAUACCGAUGUAUAUACGGAAGGUGAAGUUUAGUACGGUUGAAUAAUUUCUACACUGAUCUCUGAUUAAACAUCACUGCUCGCCCGCUUUACAAAUGGCGAGGAGUGACACUGAAUUAUUUGUGCAAUGCAGGAUAUAUUGUUACCCUUGCUUUGUUUUCGUUAAAGCGAUGUAAGAUUCGUGUUUGUGUCCGCUAUCGUUUUACGUGCCACUUCAGCGCACAUUUACACGACGGUCGUAGGCAUCUU